CAAGUAGAUUUCCUUCCUCCUCCGAUGUAAUAUAUGAGUGGUGGUGCGGUGACCAAUUUAUCCACCAUUCUUCUUCCCUUACUGCCAUCUAUCACCACUCUAGAAGUCCCCGCCUUGGCUGCUCUUCCUCCCCCAUCCUCCACCCUCUCCAACCUAUCCCUACCACCAUUUAUACUUAGCCACCAUUGCUCCAUUUCCCGCAAGGCUCCUCUAACCUCUAAUUGGAUUCAGAAGCCACUCAUAAACGCCAAAUUAAUGGAUCCCUUCUUAUCUCCCCCAACACCCAUUCUCUCCCUCAGCCUUCUCCUCCUCCUCUUCUUCUUUGGGAGGAUGGAUUGCACCAAGUUCACAUUUGUGAACAACUGCGGCUACACGGUGUGGCCGGGGGUGCUCGCCAAUUCCGGCAACGCGAAUCUGGACUCCACCGGCUUCACCCUCGCCGCCGGCGACUCCCGUGUCCUCCUCGCCCCCGCCGGCUGGUCCGGCCGAUUCUGGGCCCGCACCGGCUGCAACUUCGACAGCUCCGGCCGCGGAUCGUGCGCCACCGGCGACUGCGGGUCCGGCCAGGUGGAGUGCAACGGCGCCGGUGCCGCCCCGCCGGCGACCCUGGCGGAGUUCACCCUCGGCAAGGCCGGCGAUAAGGACUACUACGACGUGAGCCUGGUGGACGGGUACAACCUGCCGGUGGUGGUGGACGCCGGCGGUGGGUGCGCCGCCACCGGAUGCGUCGCGGACCUCAACCGCCGGUGCCCGUCGGAGCUGAGGGUCGGCGACGGCGAGGCGGCGGCGUGCCGGAGCGCCUGCGAGGCGUUCGGGAAGCCGGAGUUCUGCUGCAGCGGGGACUUCGGAAGCCCCGCCACGUGCCAUCCAUCCGUGUAUUCGGAGGUGUUCAAGUCCGCGUGUCCCCGGUCGUACAGCUACGCGUACGACGACGCCACCAGCACAUUCACCUGCACCGCCGGCGACUACUCCAUUACCUUCUGCCCCAGAUCCGGUCCAAGCCAGAAGUCGACGAAAAGUACUUCACGAAACACAACAGCAGUGUUGCAAAAUGACUCUUGGCUCGCAGACCUAGCAACCGGAGACGCCAACUCAAGGAGGAGGGUGUCCGUAUUACUACACGCCUCGUUAAUUACUGGAACCAUUUGUUGUCUCCUAUUCCUUUUCAUCUAACGUGGAGGAGUACACUUUCUUAAUUUGGGGUAUGGAAAAGGGUUCAUUUUGCUUAGGUGCGUCAUUAUAAUUCAGUUGGAACCUAUCAAAAUUCUAAUUUAGGGCUACGGUAUGAUUUAGGGGUGUAAGAUUUGAUUUCAAAUAGUGAUGUUGGUUUAUUGCUGUUAGUAUUCAUAUGGUGUGAUAUGUGUUACACAAGAUUUUUGUUGUGAUAGUGAUCAUCUAAUUUAGUUUUUUUUUUUUUGAUAUAUUUCAUUGUAUUCUUUAAAUUAUGUGACCAUGGGCAAGAACUGUGCCAGAUCACAUCCAAGAAUGUGAAACCAUUGCAUGUUACACACUUGAGCCAAGCUAAUGCUCACAUAUUUAAGG